AUGCAGAUCUUCGUCAAGACCCUAACUGGUAAAACUAUUACCCUUGAAGUUGAACCCAGUGAUUCAAUUGAAAAUGUAAAAGCGAAAAUUCAAGAUAAGGAAGGAAUUCCUCCAGAUCAGCAACGUCUUAUAUUCGCCGGUAAACAAUUAGAGGAUGGCCGCACUUUGUCUGAUUACAAUAUACAAAAAGAAGGUGGUAUGCAGAUUUUCGUAAAGACUCUUACUGGGAAGACUAUAACACUUGAAGUGGAACCUAGUGAUACGAUUGAGAAUGUAAAAGCCAAGAUUCAAGAUAAGGAGGGAAUCCCACCAGACCAACAAAGACUGAUUUUUGCCGGCAAGCAAUUGGAAGAUGGACGCACUCUUUCUGACUACAACAUCCAAAAGGAGUCCACCUUACACCUUGUUUUGCGUCUCCGUGGUGGAAUGCAAAUUUUUGUGAAGACCCUCACCGGUAAAACAAUUACUCUCGAGGUUGAGCCGAGUGACUCGAUAGAGAAUGUGAAAGCGAAGAUUCAGGACAAGGAGGGCAUCCCCCCAGAUCAACAACGACUCAUUUUCGCUGGCAAGCAGCUGGAAGACGGACGUACUCUUAAUGACUACAAUAUCCAGAAGGAAUCAACUCUCCAUCUAGUGCUUCGUCUUCGUGGUGGUUUUUAG